AGCGAUUCCUUUUCCUUCGAGAGACUUCUUCUUUCUUCUGAAGCAGCUAUGUUGUUUGCUGGCGUUCCAUUCCGGCAGCGACUGUAGUUUCACUCCUGUAAAACCUAGACAUGCAACUUUCCUCUUUGUUCUUCUAGCUGUUAGUCUCCAACGUCUGGACAUCAUUUGGCGAGUAGAGUCAUAGAGCUGCACGAUGGGUCGAAGCAGAAAUAGAAGAAGGAAGCAGCAGAAGCUUGUUAAUCUGGAUUGGACAGAGCUGCCUCGUGGUAUCCUUGAGAUCAUCUUUGAGCGACUGACUGUGACUGAUUGUAUAUCUGUUAGUGAUGUUUGCAAAGCCUGGAGACAUGUUGUUGCACAAGAACUUGCUGGUUGGCAAAGCCGUGGUGUGCCAUGGCUCAUGAUGUCUGGCAAAGAUAGAGAGGUAAGAACUUGUAUUAGCAUACUACAAAAACAACAUUGGGACAUUGUGCUUCCCGAGGCUUAUGGAAGAUAUUGUUGGGGAUCAUAUCAAGAUUGGUUGAUUCUAGUAAAACAUAUUGGUUGUUUCUAUCUUGAGAUUAGCUUGUUGAAUCCAUUCUCUAGGAACAAAACUGAUCUUCCCAAAACAUGGAACUUUUAUCAUAAGAUUGUUCUCUCAGGGCUUCCCAUCCUUGACAACUAUGUCUGCAUGCUUGUUCAUAGUCAAUGUCGGGAGCUUUCUUUUUGGGUCCCAGGAGCUGAAUCAUGGUUUAAACAUAAACUGGAUGGUGAUCCAUUUGAGGAUGCUGUCUUCUGUGAUGGAAGUUUCUAUCUUAUAAGCAAUGAUUAUAACAUUUGGCAGAUUAAGUCUGCUAAUAUCUUUGCUAGCAUUAGAACAUAUGAUGCUUAUGAGGUAAAAAUAGAUUGUCAUGAAGUAAUAAUGUCAGAGGAGCAGGAAAAUAGUGGUGUGUUGAAGUAUCUUGUGGAAUCUUGUGGGGAGCUUCUUCUUGUUUGUAGGCUUUAUAACACCAAAGCAGAGGCUAUUCUUGAAACACAUGACUUCAAAGUAUAUUCAUUGGAUUUUAGCCUGAUGUCCUGGAAGAGGGUACAUGAUUUGGGGGAUAAAAUCUUAUUUCUAGGCAAGUGUUGUUCGCGGUCUGUUUCUUCGACAGAACUUGGUGUUGCGAUGAGGAAUCGUAUCUAUUUCUCUAAUGAUCAUGCUGCUCCAUGGUGGAACGAAUGGGAUUCUGAUCAUCUUUAUGGAAUUUCAGCUAGGCUUAAUCUGAACAAUGCUGGAAGAAAGGAUUGGGGCGUGUUCAGCCUUGGCAAUGGAACUCAUGAGGAUUUUUGCUUUCGUGGCAAUCGAGACAGAUGGGGACCGAUUUGGUUAACUUGCCCCCAAUGGUGGUGCUGUAGGAAAUUGGCCCUUAACCGAUAUAGUAACUAGUAAAUGUAGCCAUCUAUGGGGAUCGUGGCAUGGCAGGGAUUCUCUUUUUUCUAUUUUGUUCCACUUAGCAUAUCAGAGGGGAGGAGCUUAUUUCAGUGAUGAUGAGAGUUUGAAGAUGCUCCAUGUACAAGUUAGACGUGCAGCUUACUAGCCGCAUACCUUUUGUAAGUACAAAAAUAUCAGACAGAUUAUAUGUCCCUGCGUGGUCGGUGCUUGCAGUAAUUAUAUUUUAGAAUUUUGGUCGAAUGCAAA